UAAAGCAAGGACUCAGUCGGCUGAAAAAGAAUGGACAGUUUGCUGUUUUGAAAGACGUACUUAAUUUCAAAUCUUUUUUUUAAAGUAAUGCUUUAGUUAACGCAGGGAGGUUAAGACUGCUUUGCUGUUAAGAUCUUCUUGGGAUGCAAAGCUUGGAUGGAUAACGUGUAUUGUUUUUGCAAAGAGACUUCACGAACGUCAAAAUGAACUGUGUCAAGGUGUCGCAUUCAAGUGCGAUUCGUGCGGAGGUGAAGCGGCACGAAACGAUGAAGAAAAGCAUCACUAAACUUUUCAAACAACUGGAUAAAAUUGAGGAUGAGCAGCUCCGCGUGGGGCUGAAACUUUGUCUCCAUGGCGUCCAAGCUACCUGUGCCAACAGUCAAGAAUGGACCCUGAGUCGUUCCAUCCCUGAACUUCGCCUGGGGGUUCUGGGCAGUCUCAGGAGUGGAAAAUCUGCCCUUGUCCACAGAUACCUUACAGGGAGCUAUCUUCCCCAGGAAUCUGCAGAAGGGGGCAGGUUUAAGAAAGAAGUACUGGUCGAAGGACAUAAUCACCUGUUGUUAAUCAGAGAGGAGGCUGGGCCACCGGAUGCACAGUUCAGCUCCUGGCUGGACGCGGCCAUCCUGGUUUUCAGCCUGGAGAACGAGCCCAGCUUCCAGGAGGUGUACAAGUGCUACAGCCAGCUGGCCAUGCAUCGCAACGCUGCCGAGGUCCCGCUGAUAGUGGUGGGGACACAGGACAAGAUCAGCAGCACCAACCCGCGGGUGAUCGAGGACGCUCGAGCGCGGCAGCUGUGCUGUGACGUGCGCCGGUGUAUGUACUACGAGACCUGCGCCACCUACGGUCUGAACGUCAACCGCGUCUUCACAGAAGCUGCUCAGAAGAUAGUGGCAGUAAAGAAGCAAGCUCUCCUCCUGGCUUCCUGCAAGUCCCUGCCCAACUCCCCCAGCCAUUCCGGGGGCUCAACUCCCCUCUCCGGAGCCUUUCCUGGACAGGCCAGUAAUGGAGGCCAGAGCAGUGACUACUCCUCCUCAUUGCCCUCCACCCCUGUCAUCAGCCACAAGGAGAUGAGAGGGGUGUCAGGAGGGGAAGCAGGGGGGAGCGCCACGCCCGGUCCGCAGCGGAGCACCCCCCGCCGUCGCACCUCCCGCUUCACGAACCGGCGAGGCAGCGACACAGAUAAGAGGGCUGCUGAUGGUAAAGGGGACAUGGGCAGUGGCAGGUCUAUCCCCAUAAAACAGAGCAUCCUCCUGAAGCGCAGUGGGAACUCCCUGAACAAGGAGUGGAAGAAGAAGUACGUCACCCUGUCCAACAACGGCAUGCUGUCGUACCACUCCAGCGUCAACGACUACAUGUUGAAUAAUCACGGGAAGGAGAUAGACUUGUUGAGAGUGACGGUCAAGGUGCCGGGGAAACGCCCACCACGUGCUGUGACUUCCUGUGGCCCCGCCCCCGGCCUCAAUGGAUUGGUCAAGGACAUGUCUGGCCCUGAUGGGGCAAGUGCAGCUCCUACAUUUCCCAGCAGCCUCCUGCCAGUGGAGGAGGGGAGUGGCAGUGGUGUGUUAUCAAGAGGGGACAAGGGGGCACAAAGGUGCCCCUCAUCGCUCUCGGGCAAGGCACAAAGUGUAGACUCAGCCAUUGAAACGGUAUCCAGUCCCCCCACUGCAAAAGACCUGGCUCCAGCCUCCCCACUGAUUGACAGAAAGAAACACAGAAGGAAGAAGAGCAUGAACCAGAAAGGUGAUGCAGCCAUUGGACAAGCUGAAGCCAAGCGCAAAAUGUGGAAAUUAAAAAGCUUUGGUAGUUUGAGAAACAUUUACAAGACAGAUGAGGAAAAUUUCGACUUCAUGAUCGUGUCCAGCACGGGCCAGACCUGGCACUUUGAGGCCCAGAGCCUGGAGGAAAGGGAUGCCUGGGUCCAAGCCAUCGAGAGCCAGAUCCUGGCCAGUCUGCAGUCCUGUGAGAGCGGCAGAAACAAGGCUCGGAGAAACAGCCAGAGUGAGGCAGUGGCACUGCAGGCCAUUCGUAACGCCAAGGGCAACAGUCUGUGUGUGGAUUGCGAGGCGCCAAACCCCACCUGGGCCAGUCUGAACUUGGGGGCGCUGAUCUGCAUCGAGUGCUCCGGGAUCCACCGCAACCUGGGGACCCACCUGUCGCGCGUGCGCUCGCUGGACCUGGACGACUGGCCACGCGAGCUCACCCUGGUCCUCAGCGCCAUCGGCAACCACAUGGCCAACAGCAUCUGGGAGAGCCGCACUCUGGGCCGCCAAAAACCCACACCGGACUCCACACGGGAGGAGAGGGAGUCAUGGAUCCGGGCCAAGUACGAACAACGGGUGUUUGUGUCUCCCCUGCCGGCCGCGGGCGGGGCCAUGUCCACCCGUCUCCUCUCGGCCGUCACCCAGAGAGACCUCCCCGCCCUGUUGCUCCUGCUGGCCCACAGCACCAAGGAGGAGAUCAAUGCCCCACCACCUGCACUGCCCAACGGCGCCUCCCAGCAGCCCCACCCCGCCCUGCACGCGGCCUGCCAGCUCGCCGACGUGGUCAUGACCCAGCUCCUCGUCUGGUAUGGCAGUGAUGUGAAAGUGAGGGAUGCCCAGGGUCAGACGGCUCUGACUCUCGCACGCCGUGCUGGGAGCCAGGAGUGUGCGGACAUCCUACUGCAACAUGGCUGUCCUAACGAGCCCCCCCCAGCCGCCGCCCUCACACCAACCCUUUCCCGAAAGAGCAGCAGCACCAGCCUGGGUCGUACCAACUCCAGGAGAGGGGUGUCCUAACGUCUCCCAGAAGCAAGAGCAGCACAGGACAAAGGGGAUGGGGGGGCGGGGGGGCGGUCAACACUCCCACAUACACACAAACAUAGGUCUAGCUGUGCUUAUCUGUGUGUGUAUGUGAGAGAGAGGGAGACCUUGGGUAUGUGUAGUCCACUGUCCUGGACAUAGCUUGACAAGGAUGGCACGACAAAGAUGUGAACUGCAGACAUAAUGGACAUGAUGAAGAGAGCUUCUCACAGUGUUAUACUCAUUAUUAUAAGAACUCUAUGUAUUGUUAUAUGUCCCUCCAUAAAGGGCACUGAAACAUUUUGCUCAGCCAUGAAGAAGCAAUAGAUUUUUUGCCACUGAAGUUUCUGCCUUCAUACUGCCUUUCAGAGACAAGCAUAGGUUAGAAAGCUUAGGAAGGUACCACAUGCUAUGAAGCAGAAGAGUGAGAAUUAAGGCGCCUUGAACUGCUGCUGCCAGGAGUCUCCCAAGCAGAGCACUGUUCCGGUUUCUUUGUGCCAGUCAGCCAGUGAGAAUGGGUCUACUGGUUCUGUAGAGCUGUACAUCUGCAGAGUAUGUGUCAUGGGUUUCUCUCCGUACUCUCUCAUGAACCGCUUGAAGUUCCAGGGAUGGUUUAGGGAGAGGUGACUUGUUCUUUAUUGACAAACAACCGUGUAAUGGUACAGUACCUGUACUGUGAUGAUGUAUGUUCUUCUGUAUGUACUGUAUGUAUGAAUUUGCAUGUGGAGUGUGUGUAUUUGUAUGUUUGGAAUGUCUAUGUGUGUAUGUUGUGUGUGUGGAGUUUAUAUGUAUGGAGCGUAUGUGCAUAUGAGUGUUGGUUGUGUAAUAUGUAUAUGAACAGGUGUGUGUGGGGCAGGUGUAUAUGAGUAGGUGUGUGUGAGAGUGGGGGAGGUGUACGUAUGUGAGUGAAUGUGAGUGGGGUGUGUAUUCACAGUGCUGUAUAAGCAUUGCCAAUGCUCUCACAACGGGAUGAGGCCAAGAAACUGAAGCCCUAAGUGGACAAUGGGCUCACGCCCGCAGGAAGCAUCAUUACAGGGGCGGUCCAAGUCAGUAUGCCGCCACCACAGCACAGCGAUGCCUCAGCCAGGCCCCUCCAUACUGCCAGAGUCCGUCUCUCCAGGAGCAGGGAGAGACCAGCAGGCUCAGCCCUGGCCUCAGAACGCUGGAAUGUCCGCUCGGAGAGAGCAUUGCCAGGGACGUGAAACUCACGGUACAACGGACGUUUGAUGGUCCACGGCACUUACGCUGAUCGCGAAUGUGGAACUAAAGGAAAACUGCAAUAAUCCAACUCAUCACAAAAGUGACAGAGUAACACUCUCCACCCUUCUCAUUGCAUUUAGGACACCUGUGAUCCUCGCAGAUCAUAGACAAAAAAAACAGUGCCCUUCCUUUUUUUUUUUUUACUAAAUUGCAUCAUGCAGUUCAUCUCCCUACGUUUAGGGGUGAAGUAAUUUAAAAGGGUGAGCAGUGGUUUACCUCAUUUUUUUCUCCAAAGGGAGGAAAGCUGGAGCCAAUUCUGAUAUGAAUAAACUGCUGGAAACAAAACUGAGGAUCCUCCCCACUGUUGUCUGGCAUUGCCAAUUAUUUUUGCUCGUGGACCGAACACAUAGUGCUGAAUUUGCAGUGAAGCAUAGCGUGCUCCAAGUAAUGAAGCAUUAUAGCUGAACAGUGAAAGACGACAUACAUUUUAUAGAUGAUUAUUGCCCUAAAUCCUACAGAAAACAGAUUUAAGAUUGAGAAUUGUACUUUAAGAAAGACAAAAGUAUUGUAAAGAUACAAAUAUAUAUAACUAUAUUGUUAUUACUACUGUUUCUGUAUAUGUUGCCAUGGUUCUUGAUAAUGUACUGUGUGUACAAGAUUGUAACUGUAUGUAAUGAUGUUUGUAUGUGUCUAGGACUUGUUUGUAACCGUACAGGGUUAUGCGUAGCUGUUAAGAAAUGUGCAUCAGCUGUGAUGUUUUUUUAGUGGGUUUAUCAUUAUUAAUAAUAUUAUUUCUAAGAUGAGCAAUGUUCCUGUAUAGCACUUCUUUCUUUUUUACUGAUAUUUUUUGGCCUGGUUCCAUUGAACUGAAGGUGGUCUCUCAGAUGUCUCUUGUAUGAACUCAAAAUGUACUGUAUGAUAAGAAGUCUGAGAGUUCCA